UUCGUUGGACGCUCCAAAAUAAUAUUCGUUCGAAUUGGAACGUUAGAAAAAGCUGGAAAAAUCGUUGUAGUUUUACUUUAAAUUGCUUAUAGAGUUUUCUUUGUACGGAGGACAUUUCACUAUGGACGUGGACUGCGAUGUAGACCAAGAUCUUAUGCUAAAAUUCAGUAGCUUAGGCACUACAGAUCGUGAAGUUCUGAUAAGCGAACUGCAACGAGUUCUGGACUACCAACUCAACCAAGCAGGCUGUGCGUUCUUUCUCGAUUUAGCAAACUGGAACCUUCAGGCUGCUGUCUGUGCAUACUAUGACUUCAACAGCCCCAGUGACCUUCUGCCGAGCAUGUCAUUUGUCAGUGACGUCACAAUUGGGGAAGGAGAGUCUGUUCCACCUAGUUCAGCUUUUGUGAAGACAUGGAGGCUACAAAAUAAUGGUAUAAAUAGGUGGCCAAGUGGUGUCUUCUUAAAGUUUACAAGUGGAGAUCAACUAGGACCAAUCUCUGCRGUCCAAGUUGAGCCACUAGAGCCUGGUACUACUACAGAUGUCAGUAUAAAUAUGAUAGCRCCUAAUAUGACUGGAAUGUUCCAGGGACAGUGGAGAAUGUGUACACCAACUGGGAGUUACUUUGGAGAUGUAAUAUGGGUAAUACUAUGUGUAGACGAAGGUGGUUUAUUAGCAGUCACACAACAGAUGUCACACCUUGGGCAAGAAUUCUCACCGUCACGCAAUCCUCCUUCAAACCUUGUAAAUCCAUUUGGACCKCCUUCGACACCUAAUGGCUCACCACACCCRAACUUGACAGUACCCAAUAAUAGCCCAGCAAGUAUAUCAGGCUCAUCACCCAUACGACGUUCUUUAUUUAAUAGUAAUGGAACAGUACAUAAUAUUGAUCAUCAAUGUACUCGGUCACCACUGUGUGGUAAAGACGAAGAAAUCCUAGCAUCRCAAUUAGAAUCRACAUCAUUAGUCCCGCARCAAUCCAGCCAAUGGGAUUGCUCGCAGUUAUGACGUCACGUUUACCCACAAUUCAAUUAAUUCGCAAAUCUUAGGUAUUUAUUAGUAGUCCUUUUUGUACUAAAACGAACAAAAAUUAUUAAAAAAAUAUAUUUUUUGGUAUUGAAUCUAGCCGUCAUUUGAAUUCGGUCGCUGUAGGAAAUUSGUAGUCAUCGUAAUUUCACUUCUCAUCUUUUGAAAGUGUUAGAACUAAAUUCGUGAAAAAUAAAAAUAAAAAUUCAAACGGCGGCUAGUUUUGAUUGAUUAAUCAAGGUUAACUUGUCUAACAAAGGUUAAUAUAUAUAAACUAACCCCAAAAUGUUAGACUUUUAUUACGUUUACGUAAGACAGUUACGUUUGAUACUAACGUUUGAUCUGAAGAUGCAACUAUGGACAAACAUAAUGGCAGGUCUUUUGUUUUGUCCCUUACGUAGUUGCUUUACCGUUACACGCAAGGGUCUACGUACGCAGACUUUUCUUACGUAAAUUUACGUUUCAACUAUAGCGGAUUUCGUAUGAUGUAAAACAUACCCGUAAUUGAACCGCGAUGCUUCAGUUCGGCUUGUGAACUUGGGCGUCCUGUGGUUUGGCUAGUCAUUUAUGCUUUGGAUAGAUUAGUCUUAAGUUGGGCGGGUGCUUUCGAAAAUACAGCAAGAUUGUGUCCAUUUUUCGACUGUAGGCUAAUGCUCUUUUAUGCUGUUUUUUACGUAUCAAAACUCGGUUCGAAAAUAUUUGGUUUCCAUGGGCGCAACUGUGAUAUUUUUGAAAGCACCCGCCCACCGAAAGCGUCCUGAGAUUUAGAUUCGGCAUUGGAAUGCAUUCAAGGCCCAGUGUGCACCAUUAUGCUUUGGGGUCGCGAGGGGCGGGAGGCGGCCAUUUUCAGUUUACCGAAAGUCUAUAAUUUGUACUGUGCGUUUCGAAUCUUUGACCAUCUACUUUAC